GGGGCGCGCGGAGAGGGAAGCGCAGUCAGCCUCCGGGGCCCCGGUUCCCGAGCCGGUCGCUCCCGGGCUGCCCUCCGCCGCCUCGCCAUGGCGGGCCCGAGCCCCGGCGCGGCGCUGGAGACCCCGCGGCAGCUACUAGGUCGAAUCCGCUUCCUGGCGGAGGCCGCGCAGAGCCUCCGCGCCGGACGGCCGCUGCCCGCGGCGCUGGCUUUCGUGCCGCGCGAGGUGCUCUACAAGCUCUACAAGGACCCCGCGGGCCCGUCGCGCGUGCUGCUGCCCGUGUGGGAGGCGGAGGGCCUGGGGCUGCGCGUGGGAGCGGCGGGCCCGGCCCCAGGUCCCGGCUCCGGGCCCCUGCGCGCUGCCCGCAACAGCAUCGAGCUGCGGCGCGGCUCCUGCGUGCGCACCACCGGCGAGGAGCUGUGCAACGGCCACGGGCUCUGGGUGAAGCUGACCAAGGAGCAGCUGGCCGAGCACCUGGGCGACUGCGGGCUGGACGAAGGCUGGCUGCUGGUGUGCCGCCCGGCCGAGGGCGGGGCCCGCCUGGUGCCCAUCGACACUCCCGACCACCUGCAGCGGCGCCAGCAGCUCUUCGGCGUGGACUACCGCCCGCUGCUCAGAUGGGAGCAGGUGGUGGACCUGACUUACUCCCAUCGCCUGGGAGCGAGGCCCCAGCCCGCGGAGGCAUACACGGAAGCUGUUCAAAGGCUGCUCUAUGUGCCCCCGACGUGGACCUACGAGUGCGACGAGGACCUGAUCCACUUCUUGUACGACCACCUGGGCAAGGAGGAUGAGAACCUGGGGAGCGUGAAGCAGUAUGUGGAGAGCAUAGACGUCUCCUCCUACACGGAGGAGUUCAAUGUGUCCUGCCUGACAGACAGCAAUGCAGACACCUACUGGGAGAGCGAUGGAUCCCAGUGCCAGCACUGGGUGCGGCUUACCAUGAAAAAGGGCACCAUUGUCAAGAAGCUGCUUCUCACAGUUGAUACCACAGAUGACAACUUCAUGCCUAAGCGGGUGGUGGUCUAUGGGGGCGAAGGAGACAACCUGAAGAAGCUGAGUGACGUGAGCAUUGACGAGACUCUGAUCGGGGAUGUCUGUGUCCUGGAGGAUAUGACUGUCCACCUUCCAAUCAUUGAGAUCCGCAUUGUGGAGUGCCGAGAUGACGGGAUUGAUGUGCGUCUUCGAGGGGUCAAGAUCAAGUCAUCUAGACAGCGGGAGCUCGGGUUGAAUGCAGACCUUUUCCAGCCCGCCAGCCUGGUGCGAUAUCCACGCCUGGAAGGCACUGACCCAGAAGUCCUGUACCGCAGAGCUGUUCUCCUGCAGAGAUUCAUAAAGAUCCUAGACAGCGUCCUGCACCACCUGGUACCUGCCUGGGACCACACGCUGGGCACCUUCAGUGAGAUUAAGCAAGUGAAGCAGUUCCUGCUGCUGUCACAUCAGCGGCCAAGCCUGGUGGCCCAGUGCCUGCGUGACUCAGAGAGCAGCAAGCCCAGUUUCAUGCCACGCCUGUACAUCAACCGGCGCCUUGCUAUGGAACACCGUGCCUGCCCCUUAAGGGAUCCCGCCUGCAAGAAUGCUGUCUUCACCCAGGUUUAUGAAGGCCUCAAGCCCUCUGACAAGUAUGAAAAGCCCCUGGACUACAGGUGGCCCAUGCGCUAUGACCAGUGGUGGGAGUGUAAAUUCAUUGCAGAAGGCAUUAUUGACCAAGGGGGUGGUUUCCGGGAUAGCCUGGCAGACAUGUCAGAAGAGCUGUGUCCUAGCUCGGCAGACACCCCUGUGCCUCUGCCCUUCUUUGUGCGCACGGCCAACCAGGGCAAUGGCACAGGUGAGGCCCGGGACAUGUAUGUGCCCAACCCCUCCUGCCGAGACUUUGCCAAGUACGAGUGGAUUGGACAGCUGAUGGGGGCUGCCCUUCGGGGUAAGGAGUUCCUGGUCCUGGCUCUGCCUGGUUUUGUGUGGAAGCAGCUAUCUGGUGAGGAGGUGAGCUGGAGCAAGGACUUCCCAGCUGUGGAUUCCGUGCUGGUGAAGCUCCUGGAAGUGAUGGAAGGAAUGGACAAGGAGACCUUUGAGUUCAAAUUUGGGAAGGAGCUAACAUUCACCACUGUACUGAGUGACCAGCAGGUGGUGGAGCUGAUCCCCGGUGGUACAGGCAUCGUGGUGGGAUAUGAGGACCGUUCCCGUUUCAUCCAACUGGUACAGAAGGCACGGCUAGAAGAAAGCAAGGAACAGGUGGCCGCCAUGCAGACAGGUUUGCUGAAGGUGGUGCCGCAGGCUGUGCUGGACUUGCUGACCUGGCAAGAGUUAGAGAAGAAGGUGUGCGGGGACCCAGAGGUCACUGUGGACGCUCUGCGCAAGCUCACCCGAUUCGAGGACUUCGAGCCAUCUGACACACGGGUGCAGUAUUUCUGGGAGGCACUGAACAACUUCACCAAUGAGGACCGGAGCCGCUUCCUCCGCUUUGUCACAGGCCGUAGCCGUCUGCCUGCACGUAUCUACAUCUACCCAGACAAGCUGGGCUGUGAGACCACAGACGCACUGCCCGAGUCUUCCACCUGCUCCAGCACCCUCUUCCUACCGCAAUAUGCCAGCGCCAAGGUGUGCGAGGAGAAGCUCCGCUAUGCGGCUUACAACUGUGUGGCCAUCGACACCGACAUGAGCCCUUGGGAGGAGUGAGUCGGCUACCUCCUGUGGGCCAGCAGUGUCUCAUUGGGCCUUGCCUGGGGCAAGACACCACGGCUGGGGCAGGAUGUGAGUGGAUGCACUCAGAAAAAGCCAGCACGCACAGCCUCUGUGUGCAGCUGCAGUGCGGGCGGUGAGUUGACACUGGUGGCCCAGCCCCGCAGGCGCACAAGCCCUAUGCGUGCUCGGCUUGCUUCCAGAGUUAUGUUGCCUUUGUGAGAGGGAACCGUCCACAAGCCCGGCACAAGCUGCCAGGCCUGAGUUACUUGAAGGAGGCCUUCUAGUUCCCUACUCCCCAUGGACUUUGCUUCAGUGUUUGGCUCCUCUCUUUUUUUAUCCUUGUUUUUCUCUGGCUUCAGCCUGGACUCAAAACAAAAAAUAUAGAGGGUGGUGGAUCUCCUCCCCAAACAAGGUAUCAGGGAUGGAUAAGGAGUGAUGGUCUUCCUUCUUAGUCACCUGCCCCAAGAAUAAAGCAACUGAACACCUUCCCUCAUAUACUUAUCUUUUCCUUUUCUCCCUCAACACCCAAGGUGUGAGCUCCCUCCUCUUCCUCCAACCUGUCUCAUUGACGGGAAGCGCCACUACCUCCCCUGGUUCAGAACCUACAUCCACUCAACAUUAAAUCUUACUGCUACUACGCCCAUAUUAAUCAUUCUGCAUCCCCGCCAGCCUGACUCCCCGUCCGCUGUUUCACUCCCAAGAUUUUGCACAAGUUAAGGCCAGUUAUAGCCUCUCUGAAAUCUUCAAUAGCUCCUCUUUACCCAACUCUAAAAUAAAGCCUAGACUUUAAACCUCCUUGUAGGCCUUAUGGACAUCUCUGCCCCACCUCUCCCUCACAAAAGGGCCUCCAAGACACUCCAUCAAAGAUGUCUUGCACAUGGGAAAAGUUGAAUAAAUGGGUGAAUUCAUUCCUUUGGAAUGUGUUUAUUGGGCUCUUGAGGAAUGUUUGAGGAGACUUUUCCAGGAGUGGUGGGCUUCUUAGUGGCAAACAUUAAGUCUGGAGCUGAGAGGGAAAUAAAGACCCCACUACUCAGAAGGGAGGAAGAAAAAAGUUGGCCUAGCAUCAUCUGGGAUGGGUGUGGUGAUGUGGAGGAUAGGAGCCCUCCUUCAGGAACCAAGUGGGCAGAAGAAUUUGACAUAGAGGGCAAGCCCUGAGGUGGCUGAUAAACCACCCAGGUCAGAAUUUUGACAGGAGAGGAGGCAACAGCAUUGCUGCCCACCCCCAUGCUGCCUCCACAAAGUGCCCCUGAGAGAAAUGCGGAUACAGUCCCCUCACUCUCACAGUGGGCAGCCACCCUCAAAGGGUCCCAAGUGAAGUGGCACGUGGGGUGGUGCUAGGUGAGGAGUGUCAUGUUGCUCCCACCCUUCCCCAAGCCCUAAUGCCCCUCCCCCCGGGGCUGUGUGCACCCUGAGGCCUAUCUCCCCAUAGCUCUGAGUCUAACACCCCAGGUGAGUCUUGCAGCUGCCCAAUCCCUGUGCUUUGGGUGGCUCACAGGAGACACCCCUGCUCCCGUCCUCUGGCAGCCUCUUCCAUUGCCUGGAGCUAAAGGGGCUGGAGCCCUAGAGGCUUCCCCCCCACCCCCUCAGCUCUGUAAGUUCCCGCCCAUCCGAGGCAUACCUUCCUGUUUUCUGGGAAAGACCUGGCCCGCGCCAACCUGCAGGAGGCAGUCCAUUUCUGUGUCUGUUACUGGCCAUAUGAGUCUGGUCCCUCUUUUAACAAAUUGGACUCACAAUGCAUUAUAUAUUUUACAGCUUGCUUUUCAUUGAAUCACUCAAUGAAUGCAUCAAGCAUGUAUGUUAGGCACCAUAGCAGGUGUAAUGGAUAAAAUGGUGGCUAAACAGAUAAUUUUUGCCCUCUUGGGAUUUAAACUCUAAUGGAAGAGACACAUAGUAAACAAAUAAUGGCAAAAACAUUUAAUAACAUGUGUAAGAGCUCCAAGGGAGAAGCGGAGGGUACUGUUGUUAGAGGAUGUACAGGAUGAACGUUAAAUCCUGAGGGAGAACAACCGGGCACCAAGGCCAGCUGAGGAGCAUGUCCAGUUCUGGGCGAAGGAAGAGAGAAGAGACUCCAGCCUUAGAGAGCCGUUUUAGGAUUUUGCAAUGAGCAGCCAAGGGGACAUCAAGCAGGGGAGAGACAGGAUUAGAUUUGGGUUUGGUAGCUGUUUAGAGAAUGAAUUUAGAGGGAGACACGAGGCAGGGAGUAAUCCAAGCAGGAAAUGAUGGUCACUGAGACCAUUUUAAUCAAUAUUUUUAUUGACUGUAUUGUAUUACAUUAUAAGGAAUUUUCAUACUGUUUAUUAAUUUAAAGCCCUCUACAGGUGGACAUAAAGGUUGUUUAUAAAUUUUUGGUAUUGGAAACUAUAAAUGUAACAAUAAACAUUCUUAUGCAUA